AUGAACGACGAUAAUAGUGACUAUUCAUAAGAGCCAGAAGACUUUGGAGAUGAACUUAUUGAGGAUGAUUUUGAUGAUGUAGAAUUUAAUGAGGAAGAAGAUAUUGCCUUGCUUUAAGCUAACGAAGAUUAAGACUUAUCAAAUAAAAAAUAUUGUAGACCUCCAAUUGAUACUACAAAAAUCAAUGAAUAAAAUGACUUUUAUUUUAUGCAAUUGGACGCAGAUUAUUAUUUGGUCAGUAAUAAUAAGAAAGAUGGAGAUCAAGGAGAUGAUAAAUAAAAGUAAGCUUAAGAAAGUAAUAAAAAAGAAGAUGAAAAUUCAGAAAGAGAGCCCAUUAUUAGAAUGUAUGGUGUUACAAAAGACUAGCAUUCGGUAUUAGUAAGCAUUCGUGGUGUAGUUCCUUAUUUAUUUGUGAGGUUACCUCCUUAAAUAUAACCUAACGCCUAAACUUUAAAAUCUAUUAUGGAUGACCUUAAUAAACAAGGUAAAUUCUAGAGAAAUGUAAAAACUACUAAUUUUAUAAGGAAGAUAGAAGUAGUUAAGGGUGAAUCAAUAAAAUAUUACAAAGGAAAAGAUUAUGCUCAAGACACAUAUUUAAAGAUAUACACAUUUAUACCACCUUUCAUUCCUGCUUUAAGAGGCAUGAUUGAAAAAGGUUAUACAAUAGAUGGUAUAAGAUUCCCAGCUGUAACUUUUGAAUCGAAUAUACCAUUUGCAUUGCGUUAUAUGAUUGAUGCAGAUAUCGUUGGUAUGGGUUGGAUCAAAUUAGAUAAAGAAAAAUUUAAAAUUCGUAGUCUUGAUAAACAUAAAUCUAGAUGCUAAAUAGAAAUUGAUGUUGAUUGUUAAAAUGUACACGGUAUGGAUGCUUAAGACCCAUAAUGGGCUGAUAUUGCACCCUUAAGAAUAUUCAGUUUUGAUAUUGAAUGCCUUGCUAAAUCAGGAGGUUUCCCAAAUGCUUCAAAGGAUGAUCCUAUCAUCUAAAUAGCAACUGUGCUUAAAAUACAUGAUUAGCAGGAAGAUAUAGUAAGAACUGUAUUUACGAUGGAUACUUGUUCCAAUAUUCCUGGUUGUAUAGUCAAAUCUUUUAAAACAGAAACAGAAUUAUUAUUAGAAUGGGAAAAGUUUUUGCAGAAUGUAGAUCCUGAUAUCUUUCUUGGAUAUAACAUUACAAAUUUCGAUUUUCCUUACAUUCUUGAGAGAGGAAAGCAACUUAAAAUUAAUAAUGGAAAGUAUGGUUUCAUGGGCAGAAUUAAAAAUACUAUAACAAGAAUUAAAGAUGGCAAAUACUUAUCAAAGGCCAUGGGUAUGAGAGAUACUAAAGAAAUGAACUUUGAAGGAAGAAUUCAAUUAGAUAUGAUGAUGCAUAUGCAUAGAGAAACAAAGUUAAGUAGUUAUAGUCUUAAUAGUGUUUCUUACCAUUUCUUGAAUGAGUAAAAAGAAGAUGUCCAUCAUACAUAAAUAUCAGGUUUAUAAAAAGGUGAUGCUGAAACUCGUAAAAGAUUAGCUGUUUACUGCUUAAAAGAUGCUCAAUUACCCUUAAAGCUAAUGCAAAAACUUAUGUGUAUUUACAAUUAUACAGAAAUGGCUCGUGUCACAGGUGUUCCAAUCAACUUUUUAUUCACAAGAGGUUAAUAAAUUAAGGUUGCUAGUCAACUCUAUAGGAGAACUAAACUUUUGAACUUAUAUAUUCCUACUGAACGCUCUUAAGGUUAAGGAGAUAAAUUUGAAGGUGCUUUCGUUCUCUAACCUAAAAAGGGAUUUUAUGAUAAGCCUAUAGCAACUUUAGAUUUUGCUUCUUUGUAUCCUUCAAUUAUGAUGGCCCACAACCUUUGUUAUUCUACUCUUAUUAGCAAAAAUGUGGCUAUGAGUAUGAACAAAGAUGACUACACUUUAACUCCUCAUGGAGAUUACUUUGCUAAACCACAUGUAAGAUAGGGCAUUCUACCUGAUAUCUUAAAGGAUCUUUUAGCAGCAAGAAAAAAAGCCAAAAAUGAACUUGCUAAAGAAACAGAUCCUCUUAGAAAGGCCGUCUUAGAUGGUAGAUAGUUAGCUCUUAAAAUAUCUGCAAACUCUGUCUACGGUUUCACUGGUGCUCAAGUAGGUUAACUACCUUGUCUCGAAAUUUCAUCUUCAGUUACAUCUUUUGGUCGUUAGAUGAUUGAAGCAACAAGAGAUUUUGUUCUCAAUCACUAUAACAAAGCAAAUGGAUACAACUAUGAUUCUGAUGUAAUAUAUGGUGAUACUGAUUCAGUCAUGGUUAAAUUUGGUUGUGAUUCUAUUGAAGAAGCUAUGAAGUAUGGUAAAGAAGCAGCUGAAAUGAUUAGCAAAAAACUCUUUAUUAAUCCUAUUAAACUUGAAUUCGAAAAGGUCUAUUAUCCUUAUCUCUUGAUUUCAAAAAAGCGUUAUGCUGGAUGUUUUUACACAAAGCCAGAUAAAUAUGAUAAAAUCGAUACUAAGGGUAUGGAAAAUGUAAGAAGAGAUAAUUGCUAAUUUAUUAGAGAAAUGAUGAAUACUUGCUUGAGGUAUAUUCUUGUCGAACACAAAUAAGACGGUGUUCAGAGAUCAAUUUAAUUCAUAAAAGGUUGCAUAUCAGAUUUGUAUCAAAAUAAAGUUGAUAUUUCUAAACUGGUGAUUACUAAAUCUUUAACGAAAAAAUCAGCAGACGAUGAUGAAGGCGAAGAAGAUGGUAAAAAAGGUAGUAGUCAUAAUAAUAAGGCAAAAGAACCCUCUGCUAAUUAGUACAAAGGUAAAUAAGCACAUGUUGAAUUGGCUAAAAAAAUGGCUAAAAGAGAUCCAGGAAGUGCUCCUUGUAUUGGAGAUAGAAUUCCUUAUGUUAUAGUAGCAGGAGCAAAAUCAGCUAAAAAUUAUGAAAAAGUAGAAGAUCCAAUUUAUGUGUUAGAAAACGAUAUCCCUUUAGAUUACGAUUAUUACAUUGAAAAGCAAAUUAAAAAUCCUAUUACUCGUAUUUAUUCCCACAUCAUAGAUAAUGUUGAUUCGUUAUUCUAUGGAGAGCAUACUAAAAAUAGAUAUCAACCUAAAGUUAAUAGUGGACAUGGUUUAGGAAAAUUCAUUGUAAAAAAAGAAAGUUGCUUACAAUGUAAAUGCUAAGUAAAUGGUAAAUAGCCUGUUUGUGAUAAUUGUCUUGAAAAAAAUCCUCAGAGAUUGAUUGAUAUAUACACUGAAAAAAUUAUUUAGCAUCAAUCUAUCGAGUAUUAAUAUAACUAACUUUGGACUUAGUGCCAAAGAUGCCAAGGAAGUUUGCACGAAUAAGUAAUUUGCUCAAAUAGAGACUGCCCUAUUUAUUACAAGAGAACUAAAUUAUAAACUGAUUUAUCUAGAUCAUAAUAAUUAUUAUCACGUUUUGAUGAAUGGUGA